AUGAAGACGGGCGUGUCAUCCCUAUACCCCAACGAAAUAGUUGCCGACAAGGUAACGUCAUAUUCGGAAAGGCACUCUACUCGUCUGCCCCAACAUAUAACAGACUACCAUGCUUGGGUUGAAAGCAACCACCCGCGUGCAGCGUACAUGAUAUCCGACUUCCAAGGCCAGUACCUUGUGUUUCUGGCACACACAAUUGGUGCGAAGCGAGUUCUCGAGAUUGGGGUCUACGUGGGAUACUCGGCGCUGGUGUGGGCACACGCCGUUGGAAAGGACGGCAAAGUAACUGGCCUUGAGGCGUCGAGGGAAUAUGUGAAUAUGUCGAGAGAUGGCUUUGCUCGGUUGGGCGUGAAGAAUGUGGAUAUUGUGGAGGGGGAUGCGGUUGAAACUCUAAAGGCGUUGACUCCUGAUGAGCCAUAUGACAUUAUUUUCAUCGAUGCCCAAAAGUCAGGAUAUCCCACCUACCUGCAGACGAUUCUGGAGAAAUCCCAGCCUGGGGCGAGCAACCGUCUGCUCAGACAGGGUGGCUUGAUUGUUGCGGAUAAUGUUCUUCGUCGGGGACUCGUUGCAGAUGAUAGUGAUACGAAUCCCUAUGCGGCGCAGGAUCAAAAGGCUAAGAAUAGGAGCGAAUAUGAAACUGAUGGCGAUUUGGGGUAUCUGAGGCAGUUUAACGAUGCUGCGAUGGAGAGCGUCAGAGUUGAAAGCUUUCUCAUGCCUUUGUAUGAUGGUGUUGGCAUGGUUCGAUUGGUUGAUUAG